AUGAUGCUCGUUUUGUUGGCUUUCAUGCUUUUCUGGAACUCCGAAUGCUAUCCUCAAAAAGACAGAAAAAUGUGAGUUUGAAACUUUCAACAUCAUUUUUCAAAUAAAAAUUUGAAGAUCGCCGAAUAGAUUGUGUGAAGCAAUGGAACAUGGGGAUUUGUACACAAAAGUCAACAAAUUGUGCACAAAAAAUGGAUUAUUGAUGAAUUUCGAAAAAAAUUCGGGACAAGAGGAAGUUUAUAAAAAAAUUAGUGGAGGGCAAAAAAUCGGACAACAAGAACUCCACACAGUAUGUGUGAGUUUGGAUGAACUCAAGGUAUCUGAAAAAUAUGACAAUAUUCUCGCGGAUGAUUUGCUUCGAGUGUGCGAUGACGAUGCUUCAGAACUAAUUGAACAAAUAGUUGCCUUCACAAUUGCAUUCCCAUCUUUGAUGGGAAGAGAAAACAUCCCACGAUUUCCGUUAGUUUAGCCACUAGAAAUAUAUCCAACUGUUAUAUUAUUUUCAGUAUGAGCCACCGAUUCUAUGUAGAGUAUGUCAAUGAUUUUUUUCAAAGAAAUCCGGAGGAAGCUUUGAGAAUUCUGCGUAAGAUGCUCACUGUGGAAACGGUUCCUCUAAGCGUCUUCAACCAAUUCAGUUAAAAGAAGAAUCAAAAUAUUGUCGCAACCGUCAUUUCUAAACAAGUACCUCGCUUCCUAAAUCUCCCUCGUAAUUAUUGUUUUGUUUUUUAAAAUACAUUUUCAUAUGAAUUGGCGUAUUCGACAAUUUUUGUUAAUAAAUUUUGAGUUAAAUUCAAAGAAAUAUAUUGAUUAUGAAUUAUACAAAAAUAAGAACAAUUGGAGAAGACUCGAAAAAUUAUCAACAAAAGAAAACAAAAAUGCAAAAAUGAUGGACAGAAAAUGGAAAUUCCGCUAUUAAUUUAAUUAUACUUUUUAUAGAUGGAUAGAUUUUUAUUGAAUUAGCCAAUAGUUGAAAAAAAACAGAGUUUUUUGUGAUCACAAAACCUACAAAACGAGUACAAAAAUUAGCAGAAUUUCCUUAAUUUUUCAGACAUCAAUAAGGAAAUUUUUUUUCAAUAAAAGAAAUUUUUUCUAAUAAUCAGAUUACUAUUCUGAAUGAAAAUUUCUUUCGUCACCAGACAUUUCUUUCAGUUCGAAAAAAAACCAACAGCAAAAGAAAAAAAAACAUAUUUUUAAACACCCGCAGUUUUUUAUGUGUACAAUGGAGCAUACUUGCGUGACAAUUGAGUUUUAUUUUUUUUGCCGCAAACAAUCAAAACAUUCAUUCAUUUUUUCAGCCCUUGCAAUGUCGCUCUCAUUGUUGACACGAAUUAAAAUACCAAUUCCAUAUAUAAGCCUUCAAAGAUCGUUUUCAUCUCUUCACAGAAAUCCAGUCAUUCUUCAAAAAACUCAAAGGUUCCUGAUUUUUCAUCAUUCAUGAAUUAUGCAAUAAAAUUCUUUUUUUUUUGAAAAAUUAAUAAAAACGUGUAUCUUAUCAAUGUGGCUUUUUCAACACAAAUCACUUCAUUUCGAUUCAUUUUAGGCUACGAUUUGUACGCAAUUUGUCAUCGUCAGCUCAAUUACCAAAAAUGGCAACAAAUGGAAAGAAUGUCGUUGCAAAACGAUUUAAUUUGAUUACAAAAGGUGGACAAGACACGAGAGAGGUAAUUUUCUGUUUUGUUUCCUAUUUUUUGUUGAAUUCAUUGUUUUUCUUCAGUAUCGUGGAUUAGAAUUGACAAAUGGUUUGAAAGUUUUGUUGGUGUCGGAUCCAACAACAGAUAAAUCAGCAGCUGCACUUGAUGUUAAUGUUGGUCAUUUAAUGGAUCCUUGGGAGUUGCCUGGACUUGCUCAUUUUUGUGAACACAUGUUAUUCCUUGGAACAGCUAAAUAUCCAUCUGAAAAUGAAUAUUCCAAAUUUUUAUCUGCACAUGCUGGAAGUUCAAAUGCUUAUACUGCAUCAGAUCAUACCAACUAUCAUUUCGAUGUUAAACCUGAUCAACUCCCAGGAGCACUUGAUAGAUUUGUUCAAUUUUUCCUUGCUCCACAAUUCACUCCAAGUGCAACCGAAAGAGAAGUUUGUGCCGUCGAUUCGGAACAUUCAAACAAUUUGAAAAAUGAUGCUUGGAGAUUUUUGCAAGUUGAUCGAUCUCGUUCAAAACCAGGACAUGAUUAUGGAAAGUUUGGAACUGGAAAUAAACAAACAUUAUUAGAAGAUGCGAGAAAAAAAGGAAUCGAACCGAGAGAUGCAUUAUUGAACUUUCAUAAACAAUGGUAUUCAUCAAAUAUGUAGGUUGCAUUAAUAAAAUUGUGAAAAAAAGGGAAAAGAAAUGAAAGAUUUUCAGAAUGACAUUAUGUGUAAUUGGAAAAGAAUCAUUAGAUGAACUCGAAGGAUAUUUGGGAACUUUGGAAUUUGAUGCAAUUGAAGAUAAAAAAGUUGAAAGAGUUGCAUGGAAAGAAGCCGCUUAUGGACCCGAACAACUUGGAAAACGUAUUGAAGUUGUGCCAAUUAAAGAUACACGUCUUCUCAAUAUCUCAUUCCCAUUCCCAGAUGUAAGAGCUGAUUAUAAAUCACAAUCAGAACAUUAUAUUUGUAAGUUUAUAUAUAUUUAUAUAUUUGUACUAAAAAUAAAUGUACUAAUAUGGACACUACAAAUAAUAUUUAUAGUCUGAAAAUGUGUUAAAUUUUUCAGCUCAUCUUCUUGGUCAUGAAGGACCUGGUAGUUUGUUGAGUGAACUGAAACGUCGUGGAUGGGUUAGCUCCUUAUCAUCUGGUUAUCAUACACAAGCAAGAGGAUUUGGAAUAUUCGAUGUUUCUAUGGAUUUGAGUACUGAAGGAUUAGAACAUACUGAAGAAAUUGUUGAUUUAGUGUUCAAUUAUAUCGGAAUGAUGGAAAGAGCUGGUCCAAAAUCAUGGAUUCAAGAAGAAUUAGGAGAACUUGCAUCAAUUAAAUUCCGUUUUAAAGACAAGGAAACACCAAUCACUAUGGCAACUCAUGUAGCUUCCGAACUUCAAUAUAUUCCAUUUGAGGAUAUUUUAUCAUCAAAAUAUAUUAUUGAUAAAUAUCAACCAGAAAAAAUUCUCGAUUUGCUGAAAUUGUUCAAACCGGAAAAUAUGAUGUAUAGAGUGGUUUCGUUGAAGUUUGCAGGAAAGGAAGGAAAUACAAAAGAACCCGUUUAUGGAACGGAAAUGAGAAUUGAGGAUAUUAAUGAGAAAACAAUGGCUAGAUUCAAUGAAGCAAGAGCUACUAAUAAUAGCGUAUUCAAACUUCCGGAGAAAAAUGAAUAUAUUGCAACUAAUUUUGAACUUAAGCCAAGGGAAACCAUAAAAAGGUAUUGAUUAUUUUUCAUAUAGAAAUCGGAAUAUUUGUUAAUUUUACAGCGAACAUCCUCGUCUUAUUAGUGAAAAUGGAUGGAGUCGUGUUUGGUUUAAACAAGAUGAUGAAUAUAAAUUACCGAAACAAGAGACUAAACUUGCUCUCACAACUCCAAUAGUUGCUCAAAAUCCUCGAACAUCACUUGUUUCAAGUCUUUGGUUGUGGUGUCUUAGUGUAAGUCUAAUUGUCUCUCUGAGUUAUUUUUGAAUCAAUUAAUUUCAGGAUACAUUGGCUGAAGAAACAUAUAAUGCAGAUUUGGCGGGUUUAAAAUGUCAACUUGAUUCGGGUCCAUUCGGGGUUCAAUUGCGGGUAAGCCGAAGAGAAGUCGAACGUCACGCUUCGUUUGCAUUGCAUGUUUGUGAUUUUUCCUGAGUUUGUUUUUUGUUUGUGUUGGGAGAUCCUGUGAUUGUGUGAAAUUAAUGGUCUUCCGUCCAGUCCUGGUCUGAAUAUCGUCACUUUUUUUCCGUUUUGAACUAAUCCUGAAUGUAACCUAAUAACUUUUUUGUUGAACUUUUCAUUUCACUUUCCUAUGUUUUGUUGUGUUUAGCUAUCUCCUAACACUUUCAGCUUCUUUUUUUCAAAAAUUGAACCAAUUUUCAGGUUCAUGGAUAUAACGAGAAACAAGCUUUGUUUGUUAAACAUCUUGUCACAAGAAUGUCAAACUUCCAAAUCGAUAAAACUCGUUUCGAUGUACUUUUUGAAUCACUUCGUCGUGCUCUCAGCAACUUUUCUCAUUCUCAACCUUAUUCGCUAAGUCAACAUUAUGCUCAACUUUUGAUUUCCGACAAAUUUUGGAGUAAAGAGCAAUUAUUGGCUGUUUGUGAAAGUGUUACAAUGGAAGAGGUUCAAUCAUUUUCUCGAAAAAUGUUGGAUGCUUUUCAUGUCGAAUUAUUUGUUCAUGGAAAUUCGACAGAAUCCGAAGCACUUUCACUUUCAAAUGAUAUUAUUGGAAUAUUGAAAAAUGUUAGUCCGGGAAGUCGUCCACUUUAUUGGAAUGAACAUACACCAAGAAGAGAAUUAUCAUUGAAUAAUGGAGAUGAAUAUGUUUAUAGACAUUUACAAGAUACUCAUGAAGUUUCGUGUGUUGAAGUUAUGUAUCAAGUUGGUGUUCAAAAUAAUUAUGAUAAUGCUGUUAUUGGAUUAUUGGAUAAUAUUAUCAAAGAACCAGCAUUUAAUACAUUACGAACAAAUGAAGCACUUGGAUAUAUUGUUUGGGUUGGAACUAGAUUAUCAUGCGGAACUGUUUCAUUGAAUGUUAUUGUACAAGGUCCGAAAAGUGCUGAUUUUGUAUUGGAAAGAAUUGAAGCGUUUUUGGAAUCUGCAAGAGUAUGUUUUUCUUAUUUAUUUUUGUCGAAAAUACACAUUGGUGUUUUUUAGACUGAAAUCGAAACAAUGCCCGAAGAUGAAUUUGCUAAACAAGUUUCUGGAAUGAUUUCUAGACUUGAGGAAAAACCAAAAACUUUAUCUGGAAGAUUUAGAAGAUUCUGGAAUGAAAUUGAAACUAGACAAUAUGACUUUGGAAGAAAAGAUGAAGAAGUGGCUAUUUUGAAAAAGAUUACCAAGAAAGAUGUUCUCGAUGUUUUUGAUAAGUAAGUUUUUUUUGAAGUUUAUUCGGGACACAAACAAUGAAAAAAUUAUCAAAAUGGUUGUUUUUAUUGGCGUCACAAUUUUCGCUAUAGAAUACCAUUAGAGCGUCUCAAGAUCUAAAUUAAACUAUUUCAUUCAUAUUUCUAGGGGUCUUGCGAAGAAAGUUAAGAUUUGCGUCGAGACCACGCGGUUACAAAAAUACAUGUAGAGAUAUCAGAACUCUUAGAAGCCUAGAAAGGCCGGCGUUUCGAGAGCUAACAGACUAAUAAAUUGUUCUUUGUUAUGUUCCUUUGAACGAACUUUAUGAAAUUUCGAUAGACGCGGUGUUUGCAGAUUUUUUGAUUACAUACUACAGUUGAAUCAUUUUUUGCUUCAGCAGGAGGUUAACAUCGGAUAAGUUUUCAACGGCGGGGUCCUUAAAUUUUGCGUUAUUUUAUAGCAUUGGGAUCACAAACUUUAAACAAUAGGUUAGGAGUGCGGUCAACUUUUAAAUAUUGUUUAGCUUAAUGGUUCACGGGGUGACUAGCAUUUUUUCUAGAAAAAUUCGAGCUGGUGCGCCAGAACGCAAAAAGUUGGCAGUUUUUGUUCAUGGAAAAGAUGAAACUCGUACAAAAGUCGAUGAAAUUAUUGCCAAUAAAUCGGCUGAUAAAAAAGAAAAAGAAGUUAAAUACAUCGAACAACUUCGACAAUUUUUGCCAAUGUACGGAAGACCACAAGCAAAAAUCGAAUUGAAACCAAUUGGAUUGAAUCCACUUGAAGAACCGACAAAGUCAAAAUAUUAG